AUGAUGUCGACGGACGGUGUUACCGAGGAUAUUCCCAAGCGGAUCUACGAGCAUAUUAUCCGUUGUGGUGUCCGACUUAACGCUAAAAAUAAGACCAUUUGCUCUGCUAUUAUCAUGAUGCAUCGACUUCUUGCAAGAGAAGUCAGUUCUCUUGUCUGUAAGUAUACACUUGCUACAGCUUGUCUUGUAUUAGCUACGAAGUUGGAAGAGGAUCGUGACAUAGGAGUCCGCGAUGUUAUUAACGCUAGUCACCGGUAG